GAGCCAUCCGAGCACAGGUUACGAGUGUGGAUCGGUGUCUUCGGUAUGGUUCGUAUCGGUUCGUAUGAAUUGCGGAUGGGUUGUUGUCGCUUAAUUAUGUGAUUGUGUGUUACGAAGGAGGUGUAGUUUUGUGAGAUUGGUGCGCGUAUGUAAUUAACUUCGUAAUAAAAUAAGUUACGUAACCGGAGUGAUAUUUUACUGAUUGGAAACAUAGAGAGCCUUAAGAUGUAUGACUUAAUUUUGAAUGUUCUUUAAUGUCAAAUAAGGUAAUGGAUUCUCAGGAGAACAGUGAUCUUCUGCGACUCCCAGUGAACUCUGAAGAGCACUCAUUUAAUUCAUGGCAAGUGAAAUAUAAACGCAGCCACAUCUUACACUCAAAGUGUUCAAAUGAAGCACUCUGUAGAGAUGAAGCUUCAGAAAGUUGUUUGUACUGUCUGUACAAUCGGAUUCUUCAGCUGCCGCACGUGCCUGAUAUGGUCUUCCCCAAUAAUUCAUUAGAACUGAAACACAUUAGUGGCUGCACAAUUGAAUUUAAUGCUCUGGAUGCGCUGAAACAUGUUAGUAAUGGAAAAUUGCCUCUAAAGAUUGCAUGUGCAGAUGCUUGGAAGGAAUCACGAAUGGAGUCAGGUCAUAUGGAUGAGGUGAAACCAUUUGAUUGGACAUUUACAACAGAUUAUUCAGGUACUAUCACUGGAAACUUUGCCAUAACACCAACAGACACCAGGAUAGAUCUGGACAAACUGCGUCGAAGAGAUAAGAUCCUGUUCUACCAUGAUCUGUCACUGUUUGAAGACGAGCUGCAUGAUAACGGUACAGCUGUGUGCUCUGUUAAGAUUCGGGUAAUGCCAAAUAGUUUCUUCAUUCUGCUAAGGUACUUCCUCCGAAUUGACGGUGUGAUGCUAAGAAUGAACGAUACUCGAUAUUAUCAUGAAUUUGACACAGACUUCAUUCUACGAGAAUACACUUCCAAAGAAGCAAAGGCACAAGAUCUGAAUGUUCCACCAUCAAGACUGGUUGAUCCAAAUGAAGUUGCACAGAUCCUCCCACUUAUCACUUCAUGUUACGAGAAGCUGACGCUACCAAGUACCAAGGUGGAGACAGAGGAUGCAACUGCUGUACUAUGAAUGUGCUUUGUGAACAGUCUUGUAAAGAAAAUGUUGGGAAAUUCUUGUUUUGAAUGCAAAAAGUAUUAAACAUUUACAUCCCUUGUGAUAAUCCUUUGACUGUCGAGUCCCUGCCAUAGAACUACCUGCUAUAAUUGCUUUUGUUGCUUGGGGUUAAAUGCAGUUACACAGAAAACCCACAGUACUUCUCACAUAAUGAUCCAUGGAUAUGAAGUAAAUAAAAAUAAAUAAAUACAUGACCUUCAUAUUACUGGAGGUAUUGGUUAUGUGAAAGCCUGUUCUUUCCUCUCUUAUGUCAGAUGUGAUACCAAGUACAAGUGUACAAGUGUUGUACUAACUGAUUAACACUGAGCCAGUCUGUUUGGCUAUGGGGUGUUUAAGUACUUUGAGUCAAAUCUGGAUGGUAUGUGGAAUACAAAGAGAUCAGAUGAAAUUGUUGGGUCUGAGGUGGGAGGAAAGUAAAGCUAACCCACUCACUUCCACAUGUUGCCAAGGUUAGACUGGAUGGAACUAUAUCUUUACUCCAUGUGUCUUCAUAGUGUGGUGCUUAAUUAAGAACAAGGAGAACAUCACCUUAUCUUGAAUGAAAGUAUAUGAUAUGGAAGCAAGUAAAAGAAUGCCAUAUACAAGAGAACUGUCUUCAGUCCCUUGAUUGUAAUUGUAAUUCAUGCAGGAAAGUCUACUUUGUAAUAAAGUUAAGGCCCCAGUGAGUGCAGUGUAGUUUAAAUUUGUCUCUCUUAUAAUUGUGGAAGAGGAAAUGUAUAGUCUAGCAGAACCUAUAAAUUAGCUGUACAAGUUACACUCUGGACAGACAUGGGAAGUAUCCCAAUACAGGUUCUUGCAGGCAAUUGGUAUUCUUCACUAGUGACUCCUUUGGGCAUAAAGGUUUUACACUAAGCAGGAGAUUCAUAUCCCAUUCUGGUUUGAAACAUUCACAUUAUUUUUGUGGGUUACUUUAUGCUUCCAGCAUCUAGACUACUGUAAUUGUACAUCUUUUUUCCGCCCAACUAAUUAUAAAUACUGGAUAACUGGGAUCAGCCAGAUGCAAAUAGUUACCUGGCCAUUGGAAUUUGGCCUCUGUGUUCCAAGCCAAAAGAAUGAUAGACCCAAAUGUAACAGUGCUUAGGAAAGAACGUAGAUAACAGGUUGGUCCGGCUAGCGGGGCAGUUGAGCCAUAGCUGCUGCAAAGUGACAUUGGAUUCCAUGGCCAAAAAAAUGCAAAAUUAAUGUGUCCAAGUGUGAGAACCCACUUAUUUGUACCUGUGUUAUAUGUGAUUGUGAAGGGGAUAUGGAGAUGUGUUAAAUAAAGUGUCUAUAAAAGUGA